CUGCCCGAGGCGAGUUACUCACACAGCGAUAAACACGACAAAACGUCUUCUGGCAGACAGCUGCCGUAUAAAUAGCGCAUUCUCCGCUGUUUACGUCCUGUUUGGACCAUCAACUGUACUCUGCAGCUGUGAGUGCUGUUUCUUUCUCUGUUACUGCGCCUUCAGGUUUGGCAGACGCAACAAAUAAAAACAUGAAUGCGCAGGCCAUCUACUCGUCUCUUGUCCAAGGGGUUGAAAAAUUCCACUUUGGCGGAACUGCUGUGCCAUCUCAGUUGCUGCUGGCCAGUGACAUGACUGUACCUGUGGCUGUGAGUCCUUCAGGUCAGGUUCUCAUUGCUGCUUCCCGCUAUGGCAAGGGUCGUAUUGUGGUGAUGGCACACGAAACUUACAUGGAAGACCCACAUUUUGGCCAGUUCCUUCAAAAUGCCAUCAAGUGGCUGAAGCCCAAACAAGAUGACUGCAUUGGUGUGUGCAAGCGGCCUCAUCUUGCCGAGCAUCUGUCUAAAACAGGAUUCAAGAUCAAGUCUUUGGCCGAAUAUGAUGGUUCUGUGGGUGUCUUCUGCUGUGAUGCCUACAGUGACCAUCAGACAGCAAAGCUUGUUGAGUUUGUAAAGGGGGGUGGUGGUCUUCUUAUUGGAGGUCAGGCAUGGCACUGGUCCUGCAGUCACAAAGAAGAUGUUCUGCAGUCCUUUCCUGGUAACAAAAUCACUGGAGUCGCUGGCAUCUUUUUUACAUCAAUAUACGGGAAAAAAGGCUCAUUUCCAGUUCCCAAGGAUAUCCCACAUCAGUCUGUUUUUGUUUUGCAUGGCAAGGAUAUUAAACAAGAUCUGAGCAUUCUUCUGGAUGGAGUAACUGAGUUUGACCUAAGUGGUCAAAACGUUCCUUCUGCUCUCCUGGUCCAUGGUCCCCUGGCAUUCCCAGUUGCCCAGAAUGAUUCAGGCCAAGUUUUUCUGGCUGCAGCUCAUUAUGGUGGUGGCAGGGUGGUGGUGAUUCCCCAUGAAGAUUAUCUUAACCAACCUGCACUGCAAAGGCUUGUCCUUAAUGCUGUGGGCUGGCUGGAUGCUGAGAGAAAGGGGGAAAUCUAUGUGAGCCCAAAGAUUAAGCAUCUGUGCACUAUGCUCUCAACCCACCAUUUUAACACUAAAGCAUCUGCCCUGGGAAAUGGAGCAAGUGUUUAUUGCUGUACCUCUUACAGUGAUGAUCAAGCAGAGGAAAUUCACUGCUUUGUUGCAGAAGGUGGAGGACUGCUCAUGGCAGGACAAGCUUGGUGGUGGGCCUGCAGUAAUAAUGGUCAAGACCCCAUUGCUGGGUACCCAGGGAACAGAAUCCUGAACAGGUUUGGGAUUGGCAUCCUUAAAUACACCAUUGAUGCAAAAGUCUACAAGGCUGCCAGUGUUGCUCAGGUUUCAGAAUAUCCCCACUUUCUCAAAGAACUGUCUAAAAUCAUUGAUCAUGUGAAGAUGAACAAGCCACUUGGUGAACUUGCACCCUCUUUAACAAUUUCACUGAAGAGAAACAUUGCAUCCUUUCUAGAAAUGGAUGCCCGUCAAAACCCUUUGUACACCAUGAUAUUACAGGAGUUGAUUAACAUUUUCAUCAAGUCUGGUGUUCUGAAAGUCAGUCCUGAGCAUCCUGUGAAAAGUCCAGUCCAAAAAUUUUUGCUGCAUUUUGCCAAUACAUUGUAUAGGCUGAAUCCUGGAAAACUAGCUCCAGCCAUUCCUGUUUUAUUUCAUAAACUGAACACCGCUAGUGCUGUUCGUGUUGCCAUUGAUGGGACAAAUAAAGGUCCUAAAGCUUGGAGAAGUACUGGCCUCAGCGUGUAUCCAGGGAAACCUGUAACUGUCCGUGUGCCUUCAGCUUUAACUGGGAAGGGAUUGCAAGUGCAAAUUGGCUGUCACACUGACAAUCUGAGUGAACUUGAUGAGCUGAAGAGGGCUCCGGUGGUCACUCAGCGGUUUCCUGUUAAUGCAGAGAGGGUGGAAGUGUCCACCCUUUGGGGGGGUCUCCUGUACAUCAUUGUACCUGCGGAUUGCCAGCUUGGCAUCAUGGACAUUGUCGUCGAGGAGGCAGCCAGAGCCCCCUACUUCAAACUGGGUGUGACCAGUGUUUCAGAGUGGCAAUCUACUGGGCGGCAUCACCCUGGUCCCUGGGCAGAGCUGGAGGCUGACAGCAUCAUUGUGACAGUGCCCUCAAAAGAUGUGCGACACCUGGAUGACCCAACACCAUUACUGACUCUCUGGAACCACAUCAUGAAGGCUGUGGCCAAGUUGGCUGGCUGCCCAUCCCCCUUCCUACGGCCGGAGCGCAUUGUCACAGACAUCCAGAUAUCUGCAGGAUGGAUGCAUUCAGGUUACCCUAUUAUGGCUCAGUUGAAAAGUGUGAAAGAACUUAUCCAAGUUGACUACAUGAAAUCAGCAGGUGUCUGGGGUCCCACCCAUGAGCUGGGGCACAACCAGCAGAAAGAGAUGUGGGAGUUCCCCCCACACACCGGGGAGGCCACAUGUAAUCUGUGGUCUGUCUACAUCCAUGAGACGGUGCUACACAUCCCACGAGAGAAAGCACAUGGAGAUCUAAAGCCAGAAAUGAGAGAAGAAAGAAUCAAAGCCUACAUUAAUGGCGGAGCAAAACUUGAAAACUGGUCUGUCUGGACAUGUCUGGAAACUUACUUGCAGUUGCAAGAAGGCUUUGGAUGGAAACCCUUCAUCCAGUUGUUCACUGAAUAUAAGUCAAUUCCCCACCGUGUGAUGACAAAAGAAGAGAAGAUGAAUCUCUGGGCAGAGAAGUUCUCUCAGGAGGUGAAGAUGAACCUCAUACCGUUCUUUAAGACCUGGGGCUGGCCCAUUGAGGACAGGCUGGCUAUGAAGCUCUCAUCUCUUCCAACCUGGGACAAGAACCCCAUGAAGAAUUAUAUUUGAGGGUUUGCAAAAAAUCAGCGGGUUGAUCUUAUUGUGCCAUACACACCUCUUUAUAGAUAUCACAUGAAACCUUACAUAAGAUAUUAAGUUCUUAAAACUGACAUUAUUUGGAAUAUUAUAAAUUUUUACAUUUAUUCAUUUAGCAGACACUUUUCUCCAAAGGGAGGUAUAUCU